AUGAAUUAAAACGUAGAUAGUAAAAAGGGAUUGGAGGAAUAUUUGGCAAUAAUGUUGGAGAGAGCUACUGUUGAAGAAAAUUACGCCAAAGCUCUAAGCAAAUUAGAAUAAUAAAUUGAGAAGUCAAAUUUGAUUUUUAUGAGAGAGUAGUUAAUCAAUUAAUUGAAGAAUAAAAUUAUAUGGAUUGAGAAUUUCGUUGAGUUAAUUAGAGCAGAAAUUGCUAGCUAAGUUAGGGAGACACUGAAUUAGCAGAAUUAGAUUUCCAUUAAAAUAAUAGAAGAUAUUAAAUAAUUGGAAGAGGUCUUAAUGGAUAGAAAUGGUUAGGUUAUGGCUGCAAGAAUGGAUUACAAAUUAAAAAUGAAAGACUAUGAGUAAUCUGCAAUUUUAGAUAUGGUUUAUCAAUAUAGUUUUGAUGUACCAGAAGAUCAGACUAUCAAAUAAAUUUGCAAAACUUAAUAUGUAUCAAUUGAAUGUUCUAAAUUAAAGAAAUAAUAUUAAUUAUAAACUAUUGCAUACAAUGAAUUCUUGGAUGUCUAUAAAACAAAGAUGGAAAGUUAUUUGUUUUAGAUGGAAGAAUUUGAGUAGACAAAAUUAUUAAUUCAAAAAGAUACUUUAUUAAAAGUAUUCUUAAUGGAGGUUUAGAUGCAAAAAUAACAAUUUUAAGAAAUUGAGAAAUUUAAUGAAUAGAUUAAGAAUACAAAUAUUCAGGAUGUGAUUGAAAGCUUUAUCAUGAAAUAUUACCGACCAGAUUAUCACCCAAAUUAGUUGGAAUUUAAGGAUUAUUCUUCCUUUUUAAUAAAUGAAAUUGAAUCCAUAAAAUCUCAAGAGUAUCACAAACUAAAAGAUUUAAUUAAAGCUUAUUCUGAGACAUUUUACAACAUUUUUUCAGAUGUUAUUGAAAAGAAUAACCAAUAAAGCAUUGAAAAGCAAGACCUUGACUCACUACUAAAUGGAGAGAGUAUUUAAGGACUUUUCAAGUGUUUCCUAAUCCAUGUUAAUUCUAUUUUGAAUGAUGGUUAAUUUUAACAUGAUUAAACCAUAAUUGAAUUAUUGAAAUCAAAUACUUAGAAUAAAUUGCUUUGGUUAAUCGCAUUAGAGAUAUAUGCCGAUAAGAAUAAUUAUAGAGUGCCUAAUGCUAAAGCUUAUGAAUCCAUCCUUAAAUGGAGUUAGACAUUAAUUGAUUUUUGCUCUGAAAUAUCGGAUGCAACACCUCUCAGAAAGUUGAUAACAUUAAGUUCAUUACUCCACAUUUCUGUUUAAAAUAAGAAGCACUAUCUAAUGCAUAGUCUCAAAAAUAAUCAAGUCUUCAACUAAUCAGACUUUAUAGAGGCCAAUAUAAUAGAGGCAACGUAUGAUGGCUUGGUUGAGGAGGUGAAGGAAGAACCGAAUUAAAUUGAGAGGAUUAAGAGACAAAAGAUCAAUUUUUUUACCUAAAUAUCGAAAAUUUGUUUCACUUUGUUGAUUUUUAAUUCGAAUAAAUCCAUCAGGAAUUACUCAGAUAAAUACUUAAAGCUAUUGAAAGUGGCUGCCAAUGCUGUCCAAGAUUUAACAUUUUAGAUUGAGAGUUAUAAGUAAUUGUGA